AGGAGUACACAGCAUUGCGAGAUCAAUGGAUUAGAGAUGGAGAAGGGUUUCUCCUCGUAUAUUCUAUAUCUUCACGUUCAACAUUUGAACGAGUUGAAAGAUUCAGAGAUCAAAUAAUACGAGUAAAAGAUUCUGAUCAAGUUCCACUGAUGCUAGUAGGUAAUAAAUGCGAUAAAAUUACUGAAAGAGAAGUGUCAAGGGAAGAAGGAAUGAACAUGGCAAAAAGAUUAGGUUGUGAAUUUAUCGAAAGCUCUGCAAAAACAUGCGUUAAUGUUGAAAGAGCUUUCUACACGGUGGUACGAAUGAUAAGGCAUAGCAGAGAAGGCGGAGGAG